AAGAUGGGGAAGAAGAGCCGAGUGAAAACUCAGAAGUCAGGUACAGGAGCCACAGCGACAGUAUCUCCAAAGGAAAUGUUGAACCUAAUUAGCGAGUUAUUGCAAAAAUGCAGCAGUCCUACCCCAGGUCCUGGUAAGGAAUGGGAAGAAUAUGUACAGAUUCGUUCACUUGUUGAGAAAAUUCGCAAAAAGCAAAAAGGUUUGUCUGUUGUCUUUGAUGGAAAAAGAGAUGACUAUUUCCCUGAAUUGGUAAAGUGGGCAACUGAAAAUGGAGCAUCCACAGAGGGUUUUGAAAUAGCGAACUUUGAAGAGGAGGGGUUUGGUUUGAAAGCAACAAGAGAGAUAAAGGCUGAAGAGCUGUUUCUGUGGGUUCCUAGAAAACUGUUGAUGACUGUUGAGUCAGCUAAAAAUUCAGUAUUAGGAUCCCUGUAUUCUCAAGAUCGAAUUCUUCAAGCUAUGGGCAAUAUAACAUUGGCAUUCCAUCUCCUUUGUGAGCGAGCCAACCCCAACUCUUUCUGGCUGCCCUACAUCCAGACACUCCCCAGUGAAUAUGACACUCCUCUCUAUUUUGAAGAAGAUGAAGUGCAGUAUCUUCAGUCAACUCAGGCCAUACAUGAUGUUUUUAGCCAAUAUAAAAAUACAGCUCGACAGUAUGCCUAUUUCUACAAAGUUAUUCAGGUAAGCAUCUUAUAUCUGUUGUUUCAUGUUGAACGUGAGCAUGAAAGUAGAUCAGUACUACUACUGCUUUACCAUAAGCGUUUUAAUGAAAGUGUCCUGUGUGACCAGGAUUUUGAUAUUGCUUCAGGCACAAGAGGGAGCCAUAUAGUUUACAGACAUUCACAGUCAGAUUAUAUUCCUAAAGAAAAUACAACCAAGUUUGAACCUUUUUUAAAAGAAUAUGCAGUGGUCUUCGUGUUUGACUUUCAGUGGCAUCUGCGUGCCUCUGUAGUCUACUCCAGAGAUAUUUUUGUAGAUCGAAACAAGACAAGGAGUGCUUUUGGAGAAGGAACACGGCGACAGCUCUGGGCUUUGAGCCAGCCGGACACAGGAGGAGGUGUUUGGCUGUUCGGGCAGCGUUUGCUCCUCAAACAGCUGUUCCCUAUCUCCUCCAAGAAAAAGGUGGCAGGCCAUAUGGAGGCAUCCUGUGGUCCAGAUUCAGCCGAUGGGCGCCAGUUGGACCGUGCUGGCCUAGAUCGAAAUACAGGCACAUCCCACUUGGUGUCUGCUAUUUCUUACACGGUUUUAUGUGAAUUACGUCUGGAUGGUUUCCAUAUAGGGCAGUCCCUGCGUUUCACAAAUGGGGAGGCUUACAGCACGUUUGGUGGCAUCCAGAAUCUUUGCCCACGGUUCAUGUUUGGGAAGAGGGAGGAGAGCAGAAAAGCGCAGAGAGGAAAGACGGGGGUUAUCUAUUUGCAUACCUGGGGUCUUUCUCCUGCGAUAAACUUGUCAGACCCUCAGUUUGAAGUAAGGCAGCAUUCAUUCACGCUGGAG